AUGGCACCCUCGCUCGACUCGAUCUCGCACUCGUUCGCAAACGGCGUCGCAUCCGCAAAGCAGGCUGUCAAUGGCGCCUCGACCAACCUCGCAGUCGCAGGCUCGCACCUGCCCACAACCCAGGUCACGCAGGUCGACAUCGUCGAGAAGAUGCUCGCCGCGCCGACCGACUCGACGCUCGAACUCGACGGCUACUCGCUCAACCUCGGAGACGUCGUCUCGGCCGCGAGGAAGGGCAGGCCUGUCCGCGUCAAGGACAGCGACGAGAUCCGCUCAAAGAUUGACAAAUCGGUCGAGUUCUUGCGCUCGCAACUCUCCAUGAGCGUCUACGGCGUCACGACUGGAUUUGGCGGAUCCGCAGACACCCGCACCGAGGACGCCAUCUCGCUCCAGAAGGCUCUCCUCGAGCACCAGCUCUGCGGUGUUCUCCCUUCGUCGUUCGACUCGUUCCGCCUCGGCCGCGGUCUCGAGAACUCGCUUCCCCUCGAGGUUGUUCGCGGCGCCAUGACAAUCCGCGUCAACAGCUUGACCCGCGGCCACUCGGCUGUCCGCCUCGUCGUCCUCGAGGCGCUCACCAACUUCCUCAACCACGGCAUCACCCCCAUCGUCCCCCUCCGCGGCACCAUCUCUGCGUCGGGCGACCUCUCUCCUCUCUCCUACAUUGCAGCGGCCAUCAGCGGUCACCCGGACAGCAAGGUGCACGUCGUCCACGAGGGCAAGGAGAAGAUCCUGUACGCCCGCGAGGCGAUGGCGCUCUUCAACCUCGAGCCCGUCGUCCUCGGCCCGAAGGAAGGUCUCGGUCUCGUCAACGGCACCGCCGUCUCAGCAUCGAUGGCCACCCUCGCUCUGCACGACGCACACAUGCUCUCGCUCCUCUCGCAGUCGCUCACGGCCAUGACGGUCGAAGCGAUGGUCGGCCACGCCGGCUCGUUCCACCCCUUCCUUCACGACGUCACGCGCCCUCACCCGACGCAGAUCGAAGUCGCGGGAAACAUCCGCAAGCUCCUCGAGGGAAGCCGCUUUGCUGUCCACCAUGAGGAGGAGGUCAAGGUCAAGGACGACGAGGGCAUUCUCCGCCAGGACCGCUACCCCUUGCGCACGUCUCCUCAGUGGCUCGGCCCGCUCGUCAGCGACCUCAUUCACGCCCACGCCGUCCUCACCAUCGAGGCCGGCCAGUCGACGACCGACAACCCUCUCAUCGACGUCGAGAACAAGACUUCGCACCACGGCGGCAAUUUCCAGGCUGCCGCUGUGGCCAACACCAUGGAGAAGACUCGCCUCGGGCUCGCCCAGAUCGGCAAGCUCAACUUCACGCAGCUCACCGAGAUGCUCAACGCCGGCAUGAACCGCGGCCUCCCCUCCUGCCUCGCGGCCGAAGACCCCUCGCUCUCCUACCACUGCAAGGGCCUCGACAUCGCCGCUGCGGCGUACACCUCGGAGUUGGGACACCUCGCCAACCCUGUGACGACGCAUGUCCAGCCGGCUGAGAUGGCGAACCAGGCGGUCAACUCGCUUGCGCUCAUCUCGGCUCGUCGCACGACCGAGUCCAACGACGUCCUUUCUCUCCUCCUCGCCACCCACCUCUACUGCGUUCUCCAAGCCAUCGACUUGCGCGCGAUCGAGUUCGAGUUCAAGAAGCAGUUCGGCCCAGCCAUCGUCUCGCUCAUCGACCAGCACUUUGGCUCCGCCAUGACCGGCUCGAACCUGCGCGACGAGCUCGUCGAGAAGGUGAACAAGACGCUCGCCAAGCGCCUCGAGCAGACCAACUCGUACGACCUCGUCCCGCGCUGGCACGACGCCUUCUCCUUCGCCGCCGGCACCGUCGUCGAGGUCCUCUCGUCGACGUCGCUCUCGCUCGCCGCCGUCAACGCCUGGAAGGUCGCCGCCGCCGAGUCGGCCAUCUCGCUCACCCGCCAAGUCCGCGAGACCUUCUGGUCCGCCGCGUCGACCUCGUCGCCCGCGCUCUCGUACCUCUCGCCGCGCACUCAGAUCCUCUACGCCUUCGUCCGCGAGGAGCUUGGCGUCAAGGCCCGCCGCGGAGACGUCUUCCUCGGCAAGCAAGAGGUGACGAUCGGCUCGAACGUCUCCAAGAUCUACGAGGCCAUCAAGUCGGGCAGGAUCAACAACGUCCUCCUCAAGAUGCUCGCUUAG